CACCCCUCUCCAUCAUCUCCUGUGGUAGCGUCGAAACCCGGAAACCGGAAGAAGGAACUGGAUGGCCAUGGCAUAACAUGAGCCACCACUGUCACCAUGGUGCUGCAGUUCAUCGACCAGAGCUCCAGCGGGAUAGGAAGUUCUGAUAGGCGCAUCAUCCGCUCCCAUGUCAUGCGAGGCAAGAACAAGGGCAAGCAGCGCCGCUCCACCAAGAAGGAGAAGAACGUUGCAGCGCUUAGGCACCUCCUAACUGCCCCAGAGUUCGGGUAUAAGAUGCCAAGACAGAUACUCUGGGGCGAUUUGUGUCUCACUUCGUUUCCGCAGGAGAUGGACUCAGCGUCUAUGGCGCUUAUGCAUCGAUGGUUUUUUGACAUAAGCGAUGCGCUGUUCCCGCCGCAGUUCUGCACCAAGUUCGAGAUUAUCAAGUCGAUCUGGGUCAACUGCAUUCUGGCAGAUGAAGCAUAUUUCCAUAGCACGUUGGCUAUAUCUGCGUCUUACGUUGACUUCUUGGCGCGGAAAGCAGCAGUAUCAUCCAGAACUCUCCAUCACAUUUCUCAGGCGUAUGCUCUGGUCAACAUUAAACUGUCGGGUCCGUUUUCCGUUUCCGACAGUGCCAUUGCUGCUGUGGUUAGUCUCGCCAUCUACCAGCAGGUACAUCACCAGCCUGCGACUGGAUUGGUACAUCUCCAUGGGCUUUAUCGCAUGAUUGAGCUGCGAGGUGGAAUUGGCAGGCUGAUGCAAGAGAAUCGGCCGUUGGCGAUGAAGCCUCUAAGACUUGAUAUUGAAUUGGCAAUGCAAAAUGGCACAGAAACUCUAUUUCGCGGCGACGAGGUGCCCGUUAAACCGAUCCUCUGCGCCAUCAGUAGCGGACAAUUCCCCAAAGCCGCACCUUGGAUCCCACUGAUGCUAGAUCUGUUCAGUUUCUCAAGGCUGCUAAACGAGACAGAGAGGGGGAACCGACCGAAGCUUAACCCUCUAGACUAUACCGAGACACUUCUAUCACUUCUUUAUCGUCUCGUGGAGGUGUCGCCUCUGCGGCAACGCUCCAACAAGUCUGGAGGACUGUAUGGCGAUGUGAUAUACCUUGCCAUGCUGGCAUUCAUGACGACGUUACUACCCGAGUACACCCGUGAUGGAUCUAGCAUCCCGCUUCUUUCGGAUCGUCUGGGAAGCGCCUUGCAAGAUGUUUGCGUCAUAGCAUCGGAUUUUUCAAACGCUGAUGCACCGUUACUUCUAUGGAUUCUUUUAAUAAGUGGGAUAUCGGUUUUAAAUCCCAAAGAAAAUCGCUGGUUAUCAUUGUUAAUUACCGAUACGUGUGAGAGACUGGCGCUGGACAGCUGGGCUGACAUUCAGCAGCAGCAAAGUCAGUUUCCUUGGAUUUCUGCGUUGCAUGAUGCCCCAGCCCGUCAACUAAAGGAGGAUGUACGACUGGGAAGCAGAGAGAGUUCAUGGGAUAGAGUUAUUUCGUGGGAUGGAGAAAUAUCGUGGGACAAUUCAUCACCGGCGUCGUCAUUAUCGCUUGGCUGGUUGCAGUCUAGAAUUUCACAACAAUCACCUAUAUAGAUCAACAAAAUUUCCUUCGGUUUCUAUCCGCUCUUGCAAGGUGGCGUUGGCUGAGGGAAUUAUACUCAACAGGUCUGAUUUCCUUCAUAAUAAAAAUUAUAGGAGGCAACCAGAUUCUCG